AUACAAUGCUGUUUCAGAAGAAACCAUUUCAAGCUGUGCACUGAGAAAAAGCGGAACCAAGAUUUCGGGGGAGUGUUUCUGGAGGAAACAGUUAUCCGCUGGUAACAUAUGCAAUGAGGUCACUGCAGGGAUUGAAAGUCAUAGUGUCGCGGGCAUGCAGCACAGCGCAGUCUGCUCCGGUUAUUGCUGCAAAACAUCCUUUUAAAGUGGAGCUAAAGGCGGGCAAACUAUACCCAUGGUGCAGCUGUGGACACAGCAAGAAACAGCCUUUCUGUGAUGGUUCACACCGGAAGUCAGCGCCUGGUCUCGCUCCUGUCCGCUUCACCCUGACAGAAGACAAGGAAGCCUGGCUGUGUGGCUGCAAGCAGACCAAAACCCCACCAUACUGUGACGGAACCCACAAACAGAGCCACGUGCAGAAUUCUAACCUGGAACCAAAUCAAUGACUUAUCCAGACAUCCUGCCUGUAUUCAUUUAGCUUGUGACAAAUCUACUGCAGCUUCAAAUCAGUUGUGAUGAUCCAUUAUAAUAAUUGGGAAGGGGGGGGGGGGGUCUGUAUGACAAAGCGGGGUAACACUGCAGACUGUGACCAUAUCAUUGACUUUCAUGCUAUAGGAGUCACCAUGUGGCAAGUAUGACCGGGCGGCUGCUUACGUGUAGGUUCCUGUUAGUGGAGCAGAGCUGUGCAGGACCAUAUGGGAUGUAAGUGCAUUAUAAAGGGCACUGUUGUCUGAGCUACGAUUGUUUAUGGCUGUGGCUGGCACAAUCUUAGGGCCCCUUCAUACGGCGGAUUUUGCCCUUUUUUACAUGACCGCAUCACGUUCUCCUUCUGGUGACUGGAGUCUGCUGCAUAUAACCUGUGACUGUGAGAUAACCGCACUUCACUAUACCCUAUCGCUAAUACUACUGAUUCUAUGUACGUUGAUGAAGUAACCCGAAUUAAUUAUCUGCAUGACUGGAUGAAAAGUGUAAUUAACUGUUGUGUAAUAUAAGGGCAUCCUGCAAAAAAAACCAAAAAAACCUUUUUCUUACAAUGGAAGUCUGUUUUUGUGUGAACAGGGCUUUAAAGGGGUUGUGUCACAAAAAAUAUUCUGCAUCGUUCUAAACAGCAUCUGGACCUGAAUACUUUUGUAA